AUGUCGGUUUUGAAUUCUCUCUCACACGUUAACAACAUGAUCAGAUCACUGCCCAAGCUCUCACUCCUCUUUUUCUCAGCUAGGAAACCGCAUUAUCUUGCAACUGCUCAGCGUUUCAUAUCCCAAGGGAGAACACCAACUUCAAGAGUCAAGAUUGGAGUGGCAACCACUGUUUCUAUACGAUCCAAAUCGACCUCAACUAUUUCAUCUGCAAUUGUGUCAGAAACUGCCGCUGGAGAUCAAGUUCAAAAGAUUAACCUGCUAACAUCAACUGAUGAUAAUUAUGGUGGUGUUACUGUGGAACUGGAUCAGCCUAUGGAUUCUACAACAUUUAUCUCAACCCUUAGAGCUUCAGUUUCCCAUUGGAAGCAGCUGGGCAAGAAAGGUGUGUGGAUAAAAUUACCUAUUCAUUUAGCCAGUCUAGUUGAAGAUUUAGUUAAGGAGGGAUUUUGGUAUCAUCAUGCAGAACCGAAUUAUUUAAUGCUUGUAUAUUGGAUUCCUGACAGUCCAAGUACUAUUCCUCCAAAUGCCACACACAGGGUGGGGGUUGGUUCAUUUGUCAUGAAUGAAAAAAAAGAGGUCCUAGUUGUUCAAGAAAAUAAUGGACUAUUUCAAGGAAGUGGAGUCUGGAAAUUUCCUACUGGAGUUGUUGAUCAGGGAGAAGAUAUUUGUGUAGCAGCAGUAAGAGAGGUCAAAGAAGAAACAGGGGUUGACUCAGAAUUUAUGGAAGUAUUAGCAUUCAGACAAAGUCAUAAUUCAUUCUUUGAGAAGUCAGACUUAUUCUUCGUGUGCAUGUUGCGGCCUCUUUCUUUUAACAUUCAAACACAGACAUUAGAAAUUCUGGAUGCACAGUGGAUGCCAUUUGAGGAAUAUGUAGCUCAGCCAUUCGUCCAAAGGAGUGAGCUUUUGAAGUACAUAAAUGAUACAUGCUUGGCAAAGAUGGGUGGACAAUAUUCUGGAUUUUGUCCUGUAUCUACGUCAUCCAACUUUUCUGAUCAAAAGAAUUAUUUGUACUUGAAUGCUGGGACCUUAAAGAGCUCCAAUUCUUCUUGA